AUGCCGGGACCGGCCGUGGAGGCGGCGGCGGCCAGGGGCGGCGGAGACCACGACGGCGGCCGCAGGAAGGCGGCCGCGUGGGAGAAGACGUACCUGGAUGUCCUCGGCAUCUGCUGCACCGCCGAGGUCGCGCUCGUCGAGCGCCUCCUGUCGCCGAUCGACGGCGUGAGGGCGGUCACCGUCGUCGUCCCCUCCCGGACCGUCAUCGUCGAGCACGACGCUGCCGCCGUCUCCCAGCUCCACAUUGUGAAGGUCCUCAACAAGGCGGGCCUCGAGGCCUCGAUCCGAGCCUACGGCAGCGGCGGCGCCCGCCGGUGGCCCAGCCCGUUCAUCGUCGCCUGCGGCGCCCUGCUCGCCGCGUCCUUCUUCGCGCCGCUCCUGCCCACGCUGGGGUGGCUGGCGCUGGCGGCGGCCUGCGUCGGCUCCCAGCCGAUGCUGCUCAGGGCGUUCGCCGCGGCGGGCAACCUCACCAUGGACAUCAACAUCUUCAUGCUCAUCGCGGUGGCCGGCGCCGUCGCGCUCGGCAACUACACGGAGGCCGGCGCCAUCGUCUUCCUCUUCACCGUCGCCGAGUGGCUGGAGACCCUGGCGUGCACCAAGGCCAGCGCCGGGAUGCUGUCGCUCAUGUCCGCAGUUCCCAAGCACGUCGUGCUCGCCGAGAUGGGCCAGGUCGUCGGCAUGCGCGACGUCGGCGUGGGCACCGUCGUCGCGGUCAAGGCCGGUGAGGUGGUUCCGGUUGACGGCGUGGUUGUCGGCGGGCAGAGCGAGGUCGACGAGAGCAGCCUCACCGGCGAGUCCUUCCCGGUGCCAAAGCAACCGCAGUCGGAGGUCUGGGCCGGCACCAUGAACUUGGACGGCUACAUUGCCGUGAGGACAACUGCUCUGGCCGAGAACUCCACGGUGGCCAAGAUGGAGAGGCUGGUUGAGGAGGCGCAGAACAGCCGGUCCAAGACGCAGCGGCUCAUCGACUCGUGCUCAAAGUACUACACCCCUGCCGUGGUCGUCGUUGCAGCAGGGGUGGUUCUCGUGCCCUUGCUGCUGGGAGCUCAUGACCUGAAGCAAUGGUUCCAGCUGUCCCUGGUGCUGCUGGUGAGCGCGUGCCCGUGCGCGCUGGUCCUGUCGACGCCGGUCGCCACCUUCUGCGCGCUCCUCCGGGCGGCGAGGAUGGGGCUCCUCAUCAAGGGAGGUAACAUUCUUGAGUCGCUGGGUGAGGUCAGGAUUGCAGCGUUCGACAAGACCGGGACGAUCACCAGAGGGGAGUUCAGCAUCAGCGCAUUCCAUGUGGUUGGGAACAAGGUUGAAAUGGAUCAGCUUCUUUACUGGGUAUCUAGCAUGGAGAGCAAAUCAAGCCAUCCCAUGGCUGCUGCACUUGUUGAGUACUCUCAGACCAAAUCUAUCCGGCCGGAGCCGGAAAACGUGACUGAAUUCCACAUCUAUCAUGGCGAGGGCAUCUACGGCGUGAUCAGUGGAAAACACAUCUACAUUGGAAACAAAAAGAUCAUGGCAAGGUCCUCAUGCCAAGAACACCGUAUACAAGCUGUCCAAGAAAUGGAUGAUCACAAAGGUGUGUCCAUCGGUCACGUGAUCUGCGACGGCGAUCUCGUCGGGCUGUUUUCGCUCUCCGAUGACUGCAGAACCGGGGCAGCGAAGGCGAUCAAGGAGCUGAGAUCCAUGGGGAUCAAGUCGGUGAUGCUCACCGGGGACAGCGCGGCCGCGGCCAAGCACGCGCAGGAGCAGCUCGGCGGCGUCCUGGAGGAGCUCCACUCCGAGCUCCUCCCGGAGGACAAGGUCCGUCUCAUCGCAAAGCUCAAGGCGACCGCCGGGGCCACGCUGAUGGUCGGCGACGGCAUGAACGACGCCCCGGCGCUGGCCAUGGCGGACGUGGGGCUUUCCAUGGGCCUGUCCGGGUCCGCCGCGGCCGUGGAGACCAGCCACGCCACGCUCAUGUCCAGCGACAUCCUCCGGGUCCCCAGGGCCGUCCGGCUCGGGCGGCGCACCCGCCGGACCAUCGCCGCGAACGUGGCCUUCUCCAUCGGCGCCAAGGCCGCCGUCCUCGUGCUCACCGUCGCGUGGCGGCCCGUGCUGUGGGUGGCCGUGCUCGCCGACGUCGGGACGUGCCUGCUCGUCGUGCUGCACAGCAUGCUGCUGCUGAGGGACGCCGCCGCGGCGAGGCGGGCGUGCUGCGGCGGGGCGCCCAGCAAGGCGCACGCGUGCUGCGGGGCGUCCAAGUCCAUGGCGUGCUGCUCGACGGCGAUGUCGCCGACGGCGAGGUCGUCCCACCUCGCCGGAGCGCCGAACGCCAAGGGACCGGGUGACAACGACUGCCACUGCUGCCAGAAGCAAUGCAAGCCGCCCGAGCACUCCGUCGUGAUCACCAUACCAGCGCAAGCCGUCGCUGAGCACAGAAAGGAGGCGCAUGCUCACUCGAUGGCGGGGGAAGGCGGGGGAUGCUGCGGCGGCGGCGCCUCGUCCGCGGCGGCGCCAGCGAUCUGCGCGCCGCACGGGAACGGUGAGGAUGAGGUGUGCAUUAUCAUUAGCGCGAGGACGUCCUGCAGUAGCAAGGCCAGGAGUAGGUGCGGCUCGCCCAAGGUUGCGGGCUGCAAGGAUGCAGUGUGUUGCUCCGGCGGUAAAGAUAGCAUCUCGUCACCCCUCGUCUGCUGA